AAAAGAGGUUUAAUGGAGUCUGUGUGGUUCUUCCACUGAACUUAUUAUUAGUCUUUGAAGCUCUUGUACGUCCUCAGACAUGUCCAGCGAUCAUCGACGUUGGGAAACAUUAGAGGCGCUCAAGAAGUCGCCAAAGGGAAAUAUCAAAUUUGACCCUUUUUGGUCGGAGAGGGGCGAGGAUAUUUUGGCUGGGUAUGAAGAGGAGAUCAUCCUGUGUGCUGAGGCUGCACAGAUACUAGAACAACUCCAGUCCAAGUCCCCUCACAAGUGUGCUGCUCAGUCCAGUCCUGGGCAGGCAGCCUCACCUUGUUCCAGCGACACACCUGGCAAAGACCACAGCACAAACCAGAUCAUCAGCCAUGGUGAGAGCGGGCAGAAUGUGGCGGAAAGUUCCAUCUCCCUGCGUUCUCUUGAAGCCAGGGAGAUUGCUGGAAGAAUCUCCCAGUAUGAAGAAGCUUACCGCCAACAAGCAAAGAGAUUGUUCAGCAGGCACCAGCAGCAGAUGGAGGACAUGGUCAGCCAGGUGGCCAAGGCACAGGUGGAGCAAAUGAAACGCUAUGAAGAGCGCAUGGAGUUGAAGCGGAGGCAGGACUACCAGCGCAUGAGUGACAUGAUGGAACGCGAAACCAAGGAGAGCAUCGGCCGCCAGGAGAAGCUGAAGGAAGAGCAGCGCCACCGAUUGAAGAUCCUCAACCUCCGCGUGAGGGAGGCGGAGCAGCAGCGCCUGAGGGAGGCGGAGCUAGAGCGCCAGCGCCAGGUUGAAGGCAAAGAGCGUCUGAGGAAGCUCAACUCCAUUCAAGAAGAGAUCCUGCAGCUCCACCAGCUGCUGGAGUCCGGUCCCCAGAACCAGACCACCAGCGUGGGCACCUACAGCACCCUGGGGAACCAGCUGUGCUCCCAGGUGUCACAGGUGGUGCACAAGACGGCAGAAGUACAGUAUCCCAGCGUGGAAGACAUGGCGGUGGCAGAGCGUGUCCUCCAUGAAAUGAGAACGCUCAUCUGCUUGAUGCGAGGGGAAGCGGCCAAAGCUCAGGAGGAGCUGAAGAAGAAGGAGCUGGAGGAAGAAGAUUCCCGCAGGAAGAUGUCUGAGCUGAGGACUCAACAGGAAGCACUAAAGAAGGCGCAGCUGUCAGCCAAAGAGAAAGCAAACAAGCGAGGUCUGCAGAACAAUGCUGAAGACGUCACCUUGAGAUGGUACAAGGACUUGCAGGAGUGUCUUGACCAGUGCGCUGACGGCAUAGAAGAGCUCAGCUCCUCACAAGACGUCCAGACCAGGAGGCUGAAGUUGGACCUCCAGAGAGCCUCCACCAUCCCCAUCAGUCAAAUCUCCUUCAAUUCCGGAUCUCACCUGCGAGAAGUAUUCGGGAAGCUCACCAAGCUGCUCUCUGGUCAGGCAGUGGCGUGUGGAGGCAAGUCUGUGUCCACCUCCCAGCAUCCACAGGCCCUGGACUUUGUGUGCUACAAGAUGGCUGAGAAGUUUGUGAAACAAGGCGAGGCGGAGGUGGCGGCUCAUCACCAAGCAGCCUUCCCCAUCGGUGUGGUGGCAUCAGGGAUCUGGGAGCUGCACCCCCGCAUGGGCGACCUCAUGCUGGGACACCUGCACAGAAAAUGUCCGUACACCGUUCCACAUUAUCCCAUGAUGAAAGAAGGCAUGUCAGUGGAGGAAUAUCAGAGAAUUCUGGGCUACCGUGUGGAUGACUCUGGAGUGGAAGGUCAGGACAGUUUCCUGAAAAGUAUGUCCGGCAUGAUCCGCUUCUACGCCGCGGUGAUCCAGCUCAGGUGGCCAUUUGACUCCAAGCAGGGGUCGCCCCCUCACGGUCUGAACCAUGGCUGGCACUGGUUAGCACAGAUGCUAAACAUGGAGCCCAUUGCCGACAUCACCGCCACACUGCUGUUUGACUUCCUUGAGGUUUGUGGUCACGCAUUGUUGAAAACCUACCAAGGUCAGUUCUGGAAACUACUUCUGCUUUUAAAAGAGCAAUACAUGGCCAGGAUUGAAGCGGUCACCAGCAGUGGUCAGAUGGGAUCAGUGUCCAGACUGAGGAACUUCCUGCAGAGAUCAGUGCAAGAACAAGGAAUAAGUCCUCCCAAAGGCCAGCUGACAGCCAUGUUCUGGAGGUCCUGAAGAUGGUGUUGAUGUAGCUUAGGGUCAAAAAGGUAGUUUAUAGGCAUGAAUUAGGGUCACAGCCUUCUUUAAUGACUAAAACCACGACCCCUAAGUCCUUCCAGGUCCAGUCCCGUGCACACGACUAAACAACCUUUCAAACUCCUUGUCCGAGUGUUUGGGUCAGGUCUGUGGUGCCUUCCAAGGUUUCACUUGGGUUGAGUUCUUCCUUGCCCUGAUCCCAGGAUGUUGUGGCUUGUGCAGCCCUUUGAGACACUCGUGAUUAAGGGCUAUAGAAGUCAGCUUUGAUAUAGAUUGGGAAGAAAAUGAGUAAAACAGUCUCAGGGUUUGAUGCACAAGUCAGACCAGCUGACAUCACCAUGGUCUGAGAGAGGAACCCUCAAUUCAAGGGACUAGUGGUGGGACAUUUGGCUCACAAAGGAUGGUGUUUGUUUCAUUUUCAUCUUGGAGAAAGUGGCAGUAAAUAUUACGACUUCAGUUUGAGCACAUCAUUAAAUAGUUAGAAGGCAGAACAUUGGACCUGGUUAUGCAAAGUGUUGAACUUAAAGACAACAUUUAAGUUACAUUUUCAGACACUUACACAGGAACAUCUCCUUAUAUGGUCAGGGUGUAUUCUCCUGAAGAAGCACACAGGAAGGAGGAAUAUAAAACUCUUUUGACCUCCUCCAGGAACUGCAGUCCUGUAUAAUGAUGCUCACUUGUAAUAAAGCAACUUUUUGUCCAA